AUGAAGAAAAAUCUAUUAAACAUAAACUUAAUAACUGCACUUACUAUUUGUGGAACAGCAACUGCAUCAUUAUUAUUUUAGAAUAACCCCUUCCUUGAUUUUAUCCAUAAAAAUCACAAAGAUAAUAAAAAGAAUGAAAUUAAAGCUGGAUAAGAGUGCAAAUCAAAUAAAUUUUCAAUAACGAGUUUACCGUAUUGGGAUCCAACAAAAACUCUUCCUUGUAUGUAUUCAGGAACAUUAGCAGCAGAUGCUAAAAAUGAUCAUAAUCUAUUCUUUUGGUUGGUAAAAAACCCUACGCUUGAGAAGCCAAAUCUAGUAGUUUGGCUUAACGGUGGGCCAGGAGCUUCUUCUAUGGCAGGACUAUUCCUUGAGAAUGGCCCACUACUUAUAACAUAACCUAAUGGUGGGAAGGAUCCUGAUGAUUUUCUUGUUAGUAUAAGAGAUGGUGCUUGGACUGAACUGGCUGAUGUGGUAUAUAUUGACAAUCCAGUAAACACUGGAUUUUCUUAUGGAAAUUCUUAUAUCAAUCAUUUGGAUGAUGCUGCUUCUGAUUUUGUUUAUUUCAUUGAUCAAUUUCUAACCCUAUUCCCAGAAUAUUCUGUUCCUUAAGGUGGCAGUUAUUAUUUAGCUGGUGAAUCCUUCGCUGGUAAAUACAUUUCUAUUUUUGGAAGGAAAUUAGUGGUUUAUGAAGAUAAUCAAGGAAAAGGUAAGGCAUAUUUAGGUGGAGUUCUUAUGGGAGAUCCAUUGAUUUCAGCUCCUGUACAAAGACUUUCAACUCAUAAAGUUGCUCAAUCUCUUGGGAUAGUAGAUGAUUCCAACCUAGAUUAAAUUAGCACUCUGCAUAAGUAGUGUGAGCAGAGUCUUUCAUCCAAUUGGGAUAUAUCAGAUGAUACAUGCUCAAAGGUUCUAGAUUACAUUUAAGAUGUUAGCGGGGAUGUCCUUAGUUAUGAUGCUAGAAUAUUCACUUAUGAUUAGAACAAAAUCACUGCACCUUACAUCAAAUACUUAAGCUAAUCUGGGAGGAAAGCAGAAUUGUAUUCAGCAAUUCACAUAGAGAAAUCAACAAAAGUUCCUAUUUGGGAGAAAAAGAAUUAAUAAGUUGCUAAUGCAUUAAACAGUGAGAGCAUGUUUGAUUCGACAAAUUGGUUUGACAUGCUGUAUGAAGACAAGCCAGUUCUUAUUUAUGCAGGUUAAUGGGACUAAAGGGAUGGGCCAUCUACCAUCGAAGAUUUUCUAGCUAAUAGUAGAAGAUAAGCAAAGUCUACAACUCCAAUCAGCUAAUAGCCCAGAUAAAUUUACUAUGUAAAACAAAAGGAUGGAACAUUCAUUGUCGGAGGAUACUAGAAAUAUGAUUCUGAUAGCAAGUUAACAAUCCUUACAAUACCAAAAGCAGGGCACUUUUCAAAGUAAGCUCUAUGUCACAAAGACAAACCUGAAGAUUGCCAAGUGACCUAAACUAUGUGUACAUUUAUGAGUAACUGUAAUGGCAAUGGUGUUUGUGGAAAUAAUGGCUAAUGCUAAUGCAAUAUUGGAUUUAAGGGAGCUGACUGCUCUGAAAAAGUUGAGAUACUAAUUGACUAAUACUAUAAAAAAAUUAAAACUAAUGGAACAUAGUGGCUGUAUUAUCAAUAUAAUACAGGUCUUGCAAAUAAUCUAUAUUAUGAAGUUGUAUUUUCUUCAUAGAUGCCAAUCGACAUCUUUAUUUCCUCUGGCUGGUAAAGUGAUCCUAAUGAAUUCAAGUAUGAUCUAGCAUUAAGAUAGUAAAACUAUGUUAGACUUACAUCAAAGUAGUUUCCUAACUUUGAGACUUUCACAGCUGCAGUAAAAGUAAAUGGUAUUGAACAUUACAGUACCACUUUCCACUAAAGUAAUGUAGGAGUAAAGUUUAACGUAUACACAGAUCCAGAUAUAAAACUUCCAAAAACGCUUUAGUACGACACUAAAUUACAUCAUAGUCCCUUAUAAAGCUAGAAUAUUAGAGAUUAUGAGUAUUAAGCUGAUUCUGAGAUCAUUGAAAUCUCUAAUGAUACUCCAGUUCAGAUAGAUGAAGUAAUGAAGGAAAUUGAAAGAUUGGAAGAACAAAUGAAAUUUGAUGCCAAUUUUAAGGGAUAAAAGGAUCAGUAUCCAAGUUAAGAUAAUAUAAUAAGUGAGCAUAAUGAAAGAAAGCAUCACAAAGAUGGGGGCAAAAAACCUCAAGGCAAAAUGUUCUACUAAGUGCUCUGGACUAAAUUACAACCAAUCAUUAACAAAAUUGUUCACUUCGACAUAUACUUCCCAUAUUUCUUGACAAUCAUUGUCUUUGGAUUCUUUUUUCUUAUGUAUUUCAAGAAAAAGCAAUAAAACUCAACUGCAUAAGAGUAAUAAAAGGCUUGA